ACACCCCCUUUCCCUUUCAUCUUUCUCAUUGACCAAUGGGCUUGGAGCAUUAAGGCCACACCCCUAUUCCACAUUCUACUGGGGCCCUGGUUACGCCUCCUCUGGCUCAGUCACACAGCUGCCUGGUAGGUGACUGGAGGUGUUGAUUAGUGCUCACUGGGAUUUCGCUGACGUGGCCCCAACCCUGCCUCCCUACCCACCCUGCGAUGGCAGAAGAAACUCAACAGAACAAAUUGGCGGCAGCCAAGAAAAAGUUAAAAGAAUAUUGGCAGAAAAACAGCCCUAGAGUUCCAGCAGGAGUGAACAGGAACAGGAAAACACAUGGCAGUAUCCCUGAGACAGCCACUUCUGGUGGUUGCCAGUCACCUGGGGAUUCAGCAAGAGAUUUCCACAGGGAAGGCCCUACAUCAUCUGCUACCCUGAAGGAUCUGGAGAGCCCAUGCCAAGAACUAGCAGUAGUUCUGGAUUCAAGGUCCGUAAAAAUCAGUCAACUGAAGAACACCAUCAAAUCUUUGAAACAACAGAAGAAACAAGUGGAACAUCAGCUGGAAGAAGAAAAGAAAGCAAACAACAAGAAACAGAAAGCCGAAAGGGAGCUAGAGGUUCAAAUCCAGACAUUGAACAUACAGAAAGGGAAGCUAAAUACACACCUGUACCACAUGAAACGUUCUCUCAGAUACUUUGAAGAAGAGUCAAAGGAUCUGGCUAUCCACCUGCAACAUUCAUUGCAGCGUAAAAGAGAGUUAGAGCAGGCUCUCUCUGCUGUCACCGCCACACAGAAGAAGAAGGCAAACCAGUUUUCCAGCCACAGUAAAGCACGUAUGGAGUGGAAGUUAGAGCACUCCAUCCAGGAGCAGGCACUGCUGAAAGCGCAGGUGACACAGUUGAAGGAGUCAUUUAAACAAGCCCAAUUAGAAAGAGACGAGUGUGUGCAACAUCUAAAAGGAGAGAGGGCCCGGUGGCAGCAGAGGAUGAGAAAAAUGUCGCAGGAGGUUUGCACAUUAAAGAAUGAAAAGAAGAAUGAUAUGCGUCGGAUAGAAAAGCUGGAGAGGAGCUUGUCCAAACUGAAAAACCAGAUGGCUGAACCCCUGCCCCCAGAGCCCCCAGAGCCCCCAGCAAUGUCCUCCAAGGUGGAGCUGCAGCACCUGAGGAAGGAACUAGAGAGAGUGGCAGGAGAGCUCCAGGCCCAAGUCAAAAACAAUCGGCGCAUAAGCCUCCUGAACCGGGGACAAGAAGAGAGGAUUCAGGUGCAGGAAGAGAGACUUCGGAAGCAGGAGGAGAGGCUUGAGGAGCAGCAGGAGAGGCUUCAGCAGCUGGCCAAGCCACAGAGCAUCUUUGAGGAGCUGAACAAUGAGCACAAGAGCGCACUGCAGUUGAAGCAGCAAGUAAAGGAGCUACAGGAGAAGCUUGGUGAGGAGCACCUGGAAGCUACCAGCCAGCAGAACCAGCAGCUAACAACCCAGCUGAGCCUCAUGGCUCUCCCUGGGGAAGGAGAUGGAGGAGGACAUCUGGACAGUGAGGAGGAGGAGGCACCUCGGCCCAUGCCAAGCAUCUCAGAGGACCUGGAGGGCAGGGAGGCCAUGGUGGCGAUUUUCAAGUCCACUGGAGCCAGUGUCCAGGAGGAGCAAGCACGGUUACAAGAGCAGAGCGGCUUUAUGGACCACCUGGAGGAGAAGGCAGACCUGAGUGAGCUGGUGAACAAACAAGAACUUCGCUUCAUCCACUACUGGCGAGAGAGAUGCCAUCAGAAAAUCCAUCACGUUUUAACAGAGCCAGGGGGCAGUGCCAAAGAUGCGGCACUGGGAGGAGGACAUCAUCAGGCUGGCCCAGGACAGGGAGGAGAUGAAGGUGAAGCUGCUGGAGCUGCAGCAGAUGGUAUUGCGGCUUAUAGCAACUACAACAAUGGUCACAGAAAAUUCCUGGCUGCUGCCCAGAACCCUGCUGAUGAGCCUGGUCCAGGAGCCCCAGCCCCCCAGGAACUUGGGGCUGCAGACAAGCAGGGUGAUCUUUGUGAAGUGAGCCUCACCUCCUCUGCUCAAGGAGAGGCCAGGGAGGGUCCUCUCUAUGACAACCCUACCACACAGCCAAUCGUGCAGGACCACCAGGAGCACCCAGGCUUGGGCAGCAACUGCUGUGUGCCAUUCUUUUGCUGGGCUUGGCUGCUGAGAAGAAGGAGAUAAACAUCACUGUCAUCAAAGAGCUGCUCAAGAAAUUUUUAAAUAAGAAACCAAGUUAUGGGGUUAAUCUCCUACACAAUACAUUUACUUCAUUUGAAUGUUAGAGUCACUCAUGAUUAUUUGUGUUUCUAAUUUAUAGUUUAAGUUUAUUUGUAAAAAGUUAAAAGAGAGUGGGUCUCUGUGGCUCUCACUGAUGUUCACUCUGGCAUCCUUUAGCAUUUUUCUUUUUUAAUUUCAUAAUUGUAGGUCAUUAGCAUGCAUAUCGAGUUUGCCCUUAUGUGGUGGGAGUUCAAACACACAAAGACCCACUCUUUGCAGAAAAUUGUUCUCGUUGGUUUGGAAUAGGCUGCCAUGCUUCUUUAAUGUUAUUGCAGCAUGUAUAUUCACUACAGAAUUGAGACAAAAUUUGCCUAUGUUCUACUGUUGUUUGAUCUAAUCUUAAUCACAGUGAGCUCUUCAUUAGCUCAAUAUGUGGUUUGCCCCCAAGUGUGCACUGUUUAUUACUUUGUAAUAUGCCACUAUGAGUACUGACAUUUAGAGUUGUUUAAAGGCCGAGAACUGGAAACAGCCUUUCCUCCAUUUUCUGUGUGUUGGUGAUGGGAGUAAUAACCUUUUGGGGGAGCUUUUUAAAUCUCACAGAAGAGGAAAGUGGCCUCCUCUGGCAGGUAUGUGCAGGACAGAGUGUGUUUCAUCUGUUCCAGUGCCAAGAAUUAGCGCUGUAUUAUGGUGGUUCCCUUAGGAUUUGUAUGUGCUCUGGGCUCAUGAAGAUAUUGCAUCAGGAGCUGCAGCAGUUGUACUCUUUUUUGAUGACCUAAAAAGGGCUUAUUUCUGAGGAAUGAAAGGUUCCCAUCGUUGACUGUGGAUGUGGAAAACCUUUCCUAGCUUAGAGCAUUUGUAUCUACAAUACAUUUUAAAGUCAGAGUUCAUGUUCCCUGUUUUAAUCACAUGACUACAUGCCUCAGUUCACAAAAGGGCGCUGGUGGGCGUUCUUCUUAAUGUAUUUAGUGAAGAUCGUAAGAAUCCUUUACGAGUUCAAAUGUCCCUGGAACAGGCAUACAGGCUCUAGUCAAGAAUGAAUUAGAGUGAAGGAAAGCUGUGUGGUGCCUGGCAUUCCUCUCUGUUCAUGGAGCUUCUUUGAGGCUUGAAGAUUGAUUUUACCAUCUAGACAUCUCUGGCUAAUACCUAUUCUUCAACCACCUUGGUUACUCUGACAUAGGAAUUUACUUCUUUUCCUUGAAUGGAAAACACUUUAAAAAAUAAUAGAAACAUUAUUAUAAACUAAUAUAUGUGAGAGUGCUUAGUUGAAACAAAAAGGAAUUUUAGUACACAGUAUUAUACUAUGUUUGAAAAUCAAGGAGAAGUUUAUGAAACUUAAAAUGUUUCCAAACUGCAGUGCAAUCUACUGUUUGUGAAUGUCAAUGUAUUAUCAGGAAACGUGUCUAUACCGUCACACAGUUAUAUUUUCUCACAGACUUCUUUACAAAGAGUGAAAUAUGUUUUUGUACCUCUCUGUUUCAGUCAGGGACAUAUUUAGUGCAAUAUUCAUGUGAUUGUGCCUACGCAUGAUGAAUGAAUGCAUUUCAGUCAUAUAUUGCCUAAAUCAUAACUUGAUGCUUGGGAAAACUUCAUGAAGUUUUAAUGUCUGUAUUCCAGAACACAUCACAUUAUUAGGAUGUAGGGAGAUAUGUAUGUGUGCUCCCUGGUGUGGGGAUUUCUAGUUACUAGACCAUCUCCAUAUUUAGCAUUUGGCAUCCUCAUGAUACUUCUAUGACAUUAACAGGAGAGCAGCAAUACGAUUUUACCGAUGGAAUAACAGAUUUGCCGGCAUUCACUGAAAGAGGGCAAAUAUUCGGUCCUUGUGACUUCAACUGACUCUUCCAAAUUUUAUGAAUGUAUCAAUGUAUUAGAUAAACCCAGUUUCAGAAUGAUAAAGAAAAAAUGUUAGACCAAAUAAUGUGGCUAAUUAACAGUGGUACGAUUUCUAGCCCGUGGGUUUAAAAUGCACUUAAAGUCCUGUUCUUGCCUUUUAUUUUCUGAACUUGCUGCUUUUGCAUUCUUUGUGUUCAGUUUAAAGACAGUUACUUUAAGAGCAUUUUAAACCCAUGUGCUAGAAAUCGGACCACUGUUAAUUAGCCACAUUAUUUGGUCUAACAUUUUUUCUUUUAUCAUUCUGAAACUGGGUUUAUCUAAUACAUUGAUAAAUUAUUUCAAAGAUACUUUUAUCAUUGAAAUCACUUCACUUUACCCUGAUAAACAUCAGUGACUACGAAUGACCUUCAGAUAGCGUUUAGCAUCAGUAACCAAUCUGACAACAAUGUGUUCAUCAGGUGCCUAUGGAUUAAAUCACACACUGGCAUAUUUAAGCUGAAGGUCAGUCUGGAAAAUAAAUUUACUAUAUUGACUGAAAUACCACUCUUUGUGUAGGUAUUUGUCAUAUAUUUAAGAAAAAGCUAAAAAGAAUGGAAACUGUAUGACAAUAACUUAAGUCUUUCUUCAAAGUGCAUGCCGUCUUUUGCGAUACCCCAUUCAGCCAAGUAUUUGUGCUCUUCCUCAUUCAGUAUAAGGUAGCUUUCAGUUUGCUUAGAAGGCAACAUUGGAAUGUUAGAGUUCAUCAGAAACAUAGAAUUUUAAAAUGUGAGUUCCGCUGAAUACAUUUGAGUUUCUGUAGGAAGAACCAGAACACCUAAAGAUUGCAGUAUAUAAUAAUCAUUUUAAAAGUAUUUGAUUAAACCUGAUAGAUUUUCCAGAAAUGAAAAAAUAUCAGCUCUAAAACCAAAGCUGAUUUUUAGAAAAUUUGAAAAUGUAAAUCAGCCCUAUCCAUAAUAUAUUUUCUGUAAAACUUUAUCUUGAAGAGUCAUUUUAAAAUAAUAUAACUAUUAAAAAAUGUAACUGCUAUCUUAAUGUUCUGAAAUAAGUUAAAACAUUUUAAAAUAUGAAUACUGUAGUGUAAAAGAAAGAAACGGUGGGAAGGAAAAGCAGAGAAUGAAAUGGCAAUUCCAGUCCAAAGCUUUAUUUGCCAAGUUUUCUUAGAAUGAAUUUUACCAAUUUAUGAAUUCUUGUGAACAGAAUGUGUCAUGGAAAUACUGAAAGAUUUUUCCCUAGAGAGGCAUUAUUGACUGCUGGUGUGAUGCUACUGUAAUGUAAUAAAUCAUUAAAUUGUUUCAAAGUA